UCCUCACGCCGGCUCCGAGUCCCGACCAAACCGUCCGAACCCGAGACCCAAACAGAGCGCAGCGUUCCCGUUCCGCCGCCUCCGCAUCGCGCCGCCCCCGGCCCCCACCUUCCUGGAAGCGGCCGAUGGCGGCGACCCGUCCCCUGCUCCGCCGCGUGGCGGCCCUUCUCGGCGGCCGCGUCCGUGCGAACCAUCGCCUCCUCUCCUCCUCCUCGCCGUCCUCCGCCGCCGCAGCAGCGGCCGAGAGGGCGUCGCCGUCGCCCGCGGACCCGGAUGGCGUGCACAUGACGGACGGCUGCAUCCGACGAUUAAAAGAAUUGCAUGCUAAAGAUCCACCUGCUGAAGGCAAGAUGCUGCGAUUAAGCGUUGAAGCUGGUGGAUGUUCUGGAUUCCAAUAUUCUUUCUCUCUUGAUGACAAGAAAAACUCAGACGAUCGGGUCUUUGAGAAAGGUGGUGUUAAAUUGGUUGUGGAUGAUGUCUCAUAUGACUUUGUCAAAGGCGCCACUGUGGAUUAUGAGGAAGAACUUAUACGCUCGGCAUUUGUGGUAUCAACUAAUCCAAGUGCAGUUGGGGGCUGCAGUUGCAAGAGUUCUUUUAUGGCCAAAUAGUUUCAGCUUUAUUAGCUUGAUGAGAUAGUUAAUCUGUGAAAGCAUUCUGUAUUGAAAUAUACUUCAUUGAUACGCGUGUACAAUUUGGUAUGUUUGGUGGUUCCAAAGAUUAUUUCUUCCACAUCUUCCUUGUGAUUACAGGUUAUAUAUACCGAAUCAACUGGUCUUUGGAAAUUACUUUUGUGUUGUUUCAAAGUGAUAAAUAAGAUGCAAUCUUUUGUAACAUUGAUAUAAGCGGAUAUAUGUCUGAGAAUUUUCUCAAUAUCUUGAGGUUGAUCCUCAUGCUAGUAGGUAGGGUUUGGUCAUUUUCCUAUUUUGCCUGUGGCGCGUUGGUAAUGUGUUUGAGAUCCUUGUACUUGAAGUCUAAUUUUUUAUGAUUUUUGUACAAGUUUAUCUCAAUGAACUAAGGCCAGGGCGAUUUUUUGCUAAUUUGUUUUUCCCUUGAGUCCUGACUACAUGAUCUAGCAUCAUGCUUUACUCCAAACUCAAU